UCCACUUGAGUCAGAACGUUGGGACUUCGAUACAUUCUGUGCGCUUCAUUUGUGGAUAAUGGACUGGACUCUUAAACACUGUUAUCUGUUCAGUGUUGACAAUGUGUAAUUGAUAUUGACUCUAUAAUUUUAGCUUAGCAAAUAAAAAGCCACUUUUGCUUAUAUUAUAGGUUAACUAUAAACACACAUUGUAAUGUCAGUAGUCAUAAAACCUACUAAAUAAGUGAUCAAUCAUGUCUGUUUACAGCUACAAACAAACAUCAUAGCUCAAUCAUUCCUAGAAAAGCCAAAUUCAUUCUAUGAAGAAAAGACUAAAAACCUAGUUAGUAUGUCUGACCUGGCUAAGGAGAAAGCAGUUCGUCUCUUGAAGAAGAGAGCCAGCGUGUCUUCCCUUGGCAGCCAUGAGGUAAAAGCCAAGGAAACAGCUGCUAGGACGAAGGACUCCAUAAGUACUGUAUCUUACAUGGAUGAGCCAGGUCACCAUGACGAUAACCCUAGGCCUACUGUUCAAAUGGAAAACACUUACCAGAUGGGACCCUACCGGCGCUUCCCUGUCAUCACUGUCAAUGAUAUUCUGAAGGAUGUACUCGCCAGCUACUUGCAAGAGGAGAAGUAUGAGGCAGACCUAUGCCGGCAAAUGACAAAAACCAUAUCUGAGGUGAUUAAGGGCAGGGUCAAGGAACUGAUGGUUCCUCGUUAUAAGAUCAUCGUUCUCAUCAGCAUCGGACAGCUCGGUGACCAGAACGUGCGCAUGGGCAGUCGCUGUCUGUGGGACUCGUCCAACGACACCUUCUCCUCACACACCUUCAAGAACAGCUCUCUCUUUGCCGUGGCCAAUGUCUACGCUGUUUACUUUGAGUGAGUCACAGUCACUGAUAACUGCCAUGGGAUUCAGAUACACUGGGAAAGGCUUCAUGCCCUUCUUUAACCUUAGAUACUGGGUAUCAUAAAUACGAUACAUUUUAUGUGUUUAUUGUCAUGUUCAAAACAUAUCAGCAUGCAGGUGAUUUGGGAAGUUUCCUAGAGUCCUAAUUGAGGCACCUUCUGAUGAACUGGGUUAAUGUGUCACUACAGAGAGGCUCCACACAUUGUUGUUUGGUAGUACUGCAGCCAGAGUUGUUUUUAGAAAGUAUAAAGCUAAGGUGGCCUAAAGAAGAGAGGAAAGGUGUGUAUACGGACUGUAGCUUUGAAAGUACGUCCUCUAUUUUUCAAAUGUUUAUGACAUCCAAAACGACCACAUUUUGAGGUGAAUUAUUGGCUUCACCUAGACAUUCUAAUACUAAAUUCUGUACAUCUCAAUGCUAGACCAUUUUACAUCCAAGCAACCUUAGGACUGUUUAGAACUAGCUUGUUUACCUGUGUGUAUACUGUCAUCGUACUUUUAUCAUGGAGGGUAAUUUCUAUUUGCACUAAAGUAUGUUUGGUUUGUCAGCAACCAUGCCUUGAGAAAGAAAUAAGGAUUCUCACUGAGAAAACGUUGUCAUUGGUUUAAGUUUGGGACUAGCUCCUUAAAAUGAAAAUAAAAAGAGAUAU